GUGGACAAGGUUGAUUUCGGAAUAUAAAACGUUGUGGACACCUAGUUCGGACAUCACUUGUUCGGGUUCCAAAACAGCUAACAGGUCCAAUCAAAAUGAACGCAUUCGCCGUAGUUCUUGCCCUAGGAGCACUCUCGUACGCCAGUGCCGGAGUCAUCUCCACAGCACAUGGUUACGUAGCUCCAGGAGUAGUUGCUGCCCCGUAUGCUGUUCCCUACCUGGCCGCCCCUUACGCUACCGCUUACGCCGCCCCCUUGGCCGUCCUCCCAGCCGGUCACGACCUCGAAGGUCAAUACGUCCACGACCACACCGAGAAACUCUACGACGACGGUUCCUACAAACCAGAAGCUCGCGCAGUGCCCUUGGCUGCUAGUCCCUACGGUUUGGUCCCAGCUGGAUCAGGACUCGAAGGACAGUACGUCCAGGACAACCUCGAGAAGUUGUACGAUGACGGUGAAUACAAACCUGAAGCUCAUCCCAUUCCUUUGAGCGCUAGCCCCUACGGAUUGGUGCCCUCUGGAUCUGGGGCAGAAGGUGCUUACGUGCAUGAUGUAAGCGAGAAGCUGUUCGAUGACGGUUCAUACAAACCUGAAGUGUAUCAUUGAUUUUGAUUUUGUAUAGAUAGUUUGUAAGGAAUAUAAAUAUCUUCGAAAAUCA